AUGAACAGACUGCAGAGCCAAAAUCAGGAACUGAGUCUUAAAUACCAGCUAGAGAUUUCAGCCCAUCAGCAGGAAGUGUCUUCUCUGCAAGAACAGUCUGACAGAGAAAUACAGAUUCUCACUGAGAAAAUGCAGCUCGACCAACAGCAGCUUUUCCAGCUGAGAGCUCAGAAAGAUGACCUCCAUCAGGCUCUCUUCCAUCUGCGACAAACAUCUGAGCAGAAGGAAAUGCAGCUCUCUGCACAACUGGAGAAGAUCAGUGCUUCUUACCAGGAGUUCAGAAACCAACAUGAAGCUGAGGUUUCUGAGUUAAAACAGCAAAGAGAAAAUCUGGACCAAAAACUGAAAGAUGAAGUGACGUCUCACUCUGAAAUACAGGCUAAGAGUGAGACUGAAAUCAUCAAACUGAUGCUGGAAAAUGAUGGUUUACAUCAGGAGAUCGAUGUGAUCCAAAAAACAGCGUCUGACAAAGAGUUGGACUUGAAAGUUGGGGUUGAACACCUGGAAAGCCAGCUCAGCAAUCAAGUCCAGCUAAACCAGUCUCUCAUUGCUGAAUUGAAAGAAAGGGAUGAGUUUGGUCCUCGUAAAAGGAAACUAGUUCGUAGAGAGGAACCAAGCCAGGAGCUGACCCCUGUUCCAGCUGUGGAAGUGACUGAACUUAGAGAAGACAUCCUCCCAACAGGAACUAACAGCUCUGAUCCUGAGUCUUUACAAACUUUGGUCUCUGAAAACAUCUCAGAGCCAAAGAAAAAACAGCCUUCAGUUUGGAAACGACUGAGACAUUUUCUGGGACUUAGAAAGCCUCAGAGGUGGAAGAGAAAGGACUCGUCUGAUGGAAGUGGCUAAAACCACUGUCCUUCACAUGUUCUAUCCACCCCCCCUAAAACAAACAACCACAAACUCCCAAAGAACCAAAAAAUAAACCUUCAACACUCUCCCAUGAAAACAAAAAAACAAACAAAACAAGUUAGUUUAAAAAACAGGGCUGCAUGGUGGCGCAGCAGACAGUACUGUUGCCUCGCUCAAAGGCUGCAGGUUCAAAUCCUGCAUCCUUUCUGCGUGGAGUUAGCAUGUUCUCCCCAUGCAUGUGUGGGUUUACUCCCGGUGCUCGGGUUCCCCCCCACACACCAAAAACAUGCAGGUUAGGUUAAUCUGUGACUGUAAAAUAUCCCUAGUCAUGACUAUGGUGAUGGAUUGAUCAGCUAAUGGCUAGUACAGGCAUCCUCUACAUUGAGAGAAGCCAGGUGAGGUGGGUUGAACAUGGGGUCAGGAUUCAUAGAGGAUCAAAAUAAAAAAAAACACCCUCCUCAUCCUCAAAGAUGAAGGAAAACAAGUUAAAUAAGAAAAAAACACAAAGAACAAACAAACAUUUUGAACAUUUCUGAAGAAAUUCAACAAAGGGACCUGCCACCUGAUAUAUUAGGUUAACUGGUGACUAAAUUAUCUCUAGUUAUGAGUUGGAUAUGGUGAUGGAUUGAUAAGCUAAGGGCUAGUGCAGGCAUGCCUAUACUAAAGUGGAUUUCUGACAUCCUAAAACACGAUGCAGUGUGGUUCAUGCAAACACAAUUUUAUAAGUUUUUGUGCGCGUCUUUCAGAAAUAUCAUCCUCUCUCCAAAAUAAUCACUUUUAUGAAACAGCCUCCUGCAAGAACCACCAUACAAAUUAGCUCAGACAUCCAAGAGGAGCUUGAAGUGGAACAUUUGCUCCUCAACACUGAGAGAAACCAGGUGAGGUGGGUUGGACCUGGGGUCAGGAUUCACAGAGGGUCAAAAUUAAAAUCCCUCUUCCUCCUCAUCCUCAACGAUGAACGAAAACACCUUAAGUAGGAAAAAACACACAAAGAACAAACCAACAAUUAGAAAAUCCCUGAAGAAAUUUUGAAAAGGGACCUGCCACCUGAUAGAUAGUGGUUAUUUGGCAUGGAGAACCAAAAUCUUGAUAACUCAGUAACUUUAAUUAAUGAGGCUGCAUGGUGGAGAUGUUUGUAGCUAAAAAACUUUCUCAGAACCCAAUCAGGACUCGUCGUUUGUGUUAAUAAACAUCUGUAAAGGUUAUUUUCCCUGCAUCAGCUACAUUUGUGUUCAUCUGUAAAAGAGCAAAUGUUUACUCUGCAGCUAUAACACAAAUGUGGGCGAUGCAGGUUUUGCUUAGCCUUUCGCGUCACCAACAAAAGGCAAAAGGCACCGGUAACGGUACUCUCAGUCAUGAGAUGGGGUUCGAUUCCCUGCAGUGCCUUGCUGAUUGUUACUGACAUCAGGCUUUCAUUAAUGUAGCACCUUAAAGCCACACUUACAUAGAAAACAAUGCUAAGAAAGGUCCUGAGGAGACUCUGAUGUGGGUUUCAUGACUUCUCUCAGAAAACGUGCAGCACAUAUUUGGACAAUGUUAGUUAAUCAGACAGUUUGAGAGGCGGGCUGAUCGCUGAAACGAUGAACACAUAAAUAAACAAAUUACUUAAUUACAUAGAAUUUGACAUGAACCAAUGACCUAACACCACACUGAGACACAGACAGGGUUAAAUACACUGGGGCAGGAUGAGUGGGAG